UGCAAGAACUACUUCAAAGACGGCAUCAUCCCUGAAUCGGCACCAUUUCGCUCCAACCUCCACAUCUGCGACCUCACGUCCGCACCCACCAAUAAUCAGAACCAUGAAUACGGCGUCGAAAUCAGCAGACAACUGAUGCCCAUAUUCUCUACACUGGGAGACACCAGUCUACCGCCCUGUUCAUGCCACGAUAUCAAAGCGGUACGCCAACACAUCGACGACUACAUCCACACAGCCCCCAACACCCACCCCGAUGACUACUCUUUCUUCACGGAAAAGCACGACACAUCCCUUGACUCGGUUUGCCGCUACGUCCUACGAGACGUUAUCCAAUGGUGGGCCUGCUGGGUGGGCAGCCUGGACAACGAUAAACACCGCUGGAAAGUACUCUACGUAGCGUUGGCGACCAUCACAGACGACCUUAUGAUCCCUCCACUUCAUCUAGUCAAUGGCACAUUCCGGUUCCUCGGACACACACUCGCCAACGUGCUAGCGGGUCUUCGCUCUGAGAACGUCCAUCCGGACGAUAUCAAAUUCCUUGAAAUGUGUCUGUGGCGGCAAUACAUCGUGCAGUAUUUGGAGAAACGCGACCCCGAACUUCGUGCUAUGUUAGUGGGCAAGGCAACUCUUAUGACACAGUUCCGAGUCGUCACGGCCAAUGUGGCCGGUACGGCUGUGGCUGUUCUUGCUGGAGUCGAAAUCCAGUCCCAGGGGGUGGUGGACACGGCGGUGGAGAUGAUGGGUAUCGGAUGCUGUUUGUCGAUGGAUAUGGCGAAGGAGGCGCUGAGCGUCUUGAAGGGUGAGAAGACAGAGACGGUGGCAGGGGACCGGGAGCAGUCGAAGAGCGAAUUGCGUUGGGUAUACGCCCGAUGCAUUGAGUAUUUGAAUGGACAUGCUUGUGCUCCGGUUACAAAACGGUUCGCUACAUCGGGUCUGGUCUAUGUCUUUUUGAUGGAUAGAUAUCGGGAGCGAUUGAAUGGGGUACGUGUUCCAAUUUCUACUGCCUUGCAGGCAGUGCUGGAUGAUUUGGUGGGUGGGGGAUGA